AUGGGAGAUAUAGAAGAUAUGUCUCGUAUCAAGCGGCGUGGGGCCUAUGCCCGACCCUUCGGGCAGCAGAAGCGGCGGAGCUCGUGCGCGGGGAUCGACGGCAGCCCGUGGCCGGAGGAGGAGGAUGGAGUGGACCGGAAAACGCAGCGGGAGGAGCAGGAGAGGGACAACAAGGAGUAUUACGAGCACCACAAGGCGUCUCCGCUGUCGGAGAUCGAGGUUUGCGAUACGAGGAAGCCGGUGACUCAGGCGACGGAUGGGACGGCGCAGAGCGAGAGCGUCGGCUACGAUGGGAAUUGGGGGGAGGGGGUGUGGCGGCCGGAGCAGCUGGACACGGCGGAGGAGGCGCUAAGGAGGGCGGCGGAGAUAUUUCGGAUGAAUGCGAUGCGAGGGGAUCCGGACUCUCCGCACGGCAGAGUUCUCCGGCAGCUUCGCGGCGAGGAUUGGUGA